GAAGCUCCGCAAAGACUCUCAGCGAUUCCCAUUUCUCCUCGAGUCACCGUUUCGUCUGCUGCUCUCCCUUGGCUCUUCCAAGAUGGUCGUCCAGUUCAAAGUGUUCAAGAAGGCAGCUCCCAAUGGAAAGCUGACCAUCUACCUCGGACGCCGUGACUUCGUGGAUCAUGUGUCUGCCGUCGACCCUGUUGAUGGUGUACUGGUGGUGGAUCCCUCGUACCUCCAGGGACGCAAGGUGUUCGGACAGCUGGUGUGCAGCUUCAGGUAUGGUCGCGAGGAGGAUGAGGUCAUGGGACUGAACUUCCAGAAGGACCUGUUCCUUGCCUCCGAGCAGAUUUAUCCUCCCAAGGACGUUGAGCCUACCAAGCUGCAGGAGCGACUCAUAAAGAAGCUCGGAGGUAGCGCAUAUCCUUUUACCUUCAAGAUGCCCGAUCAGGCCCCGCCCUCCGUCACCAUCCAGCCCGGCCGUGAGGACGAGGGAAAGCCCUGCGGCGUCGAGUACUACAUUAAGGUGUACGUCGGAGAGAACGAAGAUGACCGAAACCAUAAGAGGUCCACAAUCCAGCUGAAUAUCCGAAGGAUUCAGUUCGCUCCCAGCAAGACCGGCCGCCAACCCUGCACCAUCGUCCGGAAGGACUUCAUGCUGAGUCCCGGGGAACUCGAACUGGAGGUGACGCUCGACAAGCAGCUCUAUUAUCAUGGAGAGAAAAUCGCUAUCAACGUCACCAUUAAGAACAACAGUAAUAAAACCGUCAAGAAAAUCAAGGCCGCUGUCCAGCAGUCUGUUGAUAUCUGUCUGUUCUCAGGCGGCCAGUUCAAGAGCACCGUGGCCAGCGUAGAGACGCAGGAGGGCUGCCCUGUGUCUCCUGGCUCCGCCCUGCAGAAGUGCAUGUAUCUCACCCCAGUUCUUAGCAGCAACAUGGAUCGCCGAGGCAUCGCCCUGGACGGACACCUGAAGAACAUUCACACCAACCUAGCGUCCAGCACCCUGUUGGCAAACCCCGAGAACCGAGAUAUGUUCGGAAUGGUAAUCUCCUACACCGUGAAGGUGAAGCUGUACCUCGGCGCCAUGGGCGGGGAAGUCACCGCCGAGCUGCCCUUCGUCCUCAUGCACCCCAAGCCCGACCUGCGCCGCAUGAUGCGCGCCGACAGCCAGGCGCAGGUGGAGGCCUUCCGCUCUGAGAGCAUCGCCGCCUCCGUCGACAUGGACUAAGUCUAUUCCCUGAACUCGAUGACGUAAUCAACCGGACUUCGAACCUCGAUACUGAUUUUUCUUUCUCUUCAAGAUUCGUUUACUAGUAUCGUUCAUAUCACCAAAUAUAUUUUCCUCUUUACAGAAAUACCUUCCUUACAAUGUUAAUCGCUACGUUCAAUUGAUCAUCUAAGUCAUCGACUGAAAAUAAGAACGAGUUUUCGGAAAUAACCUAUAUUUUUAUAUGUGUGUGUAUAUCUCCAGUGAAGCCAUCAGGACUACUGUGAUGCUUUGAAAGAGAGAAUGUGGAAGUGGAAUCCACAACUCUCAGGAAAAGGACCAUUGAUAUAAAGUGAGUACGGAAAGGACCAUUGAUAUAAAGAUUAUGUUUUAAUGAAAACGAGAAAAAGUAACUACAGAGAGAGUUAAGUGAAAAGCGGCGUCCACUGUAACAAAAGAAUCGAAGAGAUCAUCGUACUUAGAGCUAUUUAAAAAAUGUGUUAUGUCAGCUGCUGUUUUUAUGUGAUUAAUUCUCUAUGAUUGUAUUUUGUUAUUUGUUAUAUUUUUCAUCAUCAAUAUCGCUGUCACCAGUUUAAUCAAGAAAACAAACGCAAUGAUAAUUCCACGGAUGAUGGCUCUGAUAUAGUAUUUGCAAAAUCAUUAUUAUAGCUGAAAUUCCUUUUUGGUGUCAUCUAUACCUUUUCAGUUGAGACUACUUUCAAACAGAUUGUUUUUAUUUUUUUCUCACUUCUUUCCAGAGCAAAUAAAACUAACAAAUAAA